AGUUUCGGUUUGUUUCGACAAGUGAACGGAAAAACUUUCUCCAGAAUAUCGUCCUCAGCGUUAUUCUGGCAGAAAAAUUGGGCAAUUUGUUUAGAUAGAAAGCAGCAUUUUAAUCUGUUAUCUAACCAAAGUUACAUUUAUCAGAUAUAUUAGAAUGUUAUCAGAAAGCGUUUAAAACUGUUCGUAAAUAGCUGUUGAAUUUUCUUCAUCGAUGUUUUCGGAAUGGUUUAAUUCGAUUAUAAGAAGAGACUCAGAACCGAGUCAUGUGAGGCAGUGAAUGGCCUAGACAAAUUUGGCUGAUAAGUGUAAUCUCUAAUACAGCUCCUCUUGACGGAGGCGAAAGAUUGAAACGAAGAUCAUCAAUUUUUGCUUGUGUGAAUCUCGCUAAACAAGCAUCAUGUCGAUGAUACGAUGCUGCUUCGAACCGGUGGAAAUGCCAGAGUUCCUGGAUUCAUUCGUGAAAAAGUGCACCGAAGGAUGUUGCUGUGGGUGCUGUUCAGCUUUAAGGCCUCGUUACAAGCGGCUAGUGGACAACAUAUUUCCGGUCAACCCGGAAGAUGGACUGGUUAAAUCGAACAUGGAAAAGUUGACGUUCUACUCUCUACGUUCGCCAGAAAAGCUGGAUCGCAUCGGCGAGUAUCUGUACCAGCGAGCCUCCAAGGACAUCAACCGGAAGCGGUACAAGUUUGUGGAAAUAGCCAUGGAAGCAAUGGAUCUGUUGCUGAUGGCUUGCCAUGCCCAGAUUUUGAACCUUUUCGUCGAAAGCUUUUUGAGGAUGGUUCAAAAGCUGUUGGAAGACACCAAUCCGACCCUGCAGAUUAUGGCAACGAACUCCUUUGUUCGAUUUGCAAACAUCGAAGAGGACACUCCUUCAUACCAUCGAAGAUAUGAUUUCUUCAUUUCUAAAUUCAGCUCCAUGUGUUUCGGAAACAAUGACGAUUUGGAACUGCGAGACAGUAUGCGAAUGGCAGGCAUCAAGGGCCUACAAGGUGUGAUCAGGAAAACAGUUUCGGAUGAUUUGGUGGAAAACAUCUGGGAAAAGCAGCACAUGGAAAAGAUCGUCCCCUCUUUGCUUUUUAAUAUGCAAUCUUCCAGUGGUACCAAAACGUUGGACCAAGAGGCCACACCUUCCACACCACCGGUUCUGGCGGAAUCAGUUCUACGGGAACUCGUUUCCCGAGCUUCAUUUGGACAUAUCCGUGCUGUGUUAAAGCCACUGCUAACACAUCUUGAUAAUCACAAACUUUGGGUGCCCAAUCGUUUCGCAAUCGAUACCUUCCGCAUAGUUAUGAUAUCUAUUCAACCACAGUAUUCUUACACAGUUGUGGAGACACUCAUGUCCCAUCUCGAUCAAAACCUAGCAUCAUCGCCCAAAACGAGAACAUCGCUUGCAGUGGUCCUUUCAAAAAUUAUCGCUAUCGCCGCAGGGGAAAGCGUUGGACCCUCUGCACUUGAUAUCAUCAACAAUCUGCUAACGCAUCUCAAAACAUCGGUCAGCACUCAGCACGAAUCCACCCCAGAAGAAACCCAAUACCAGGAAGCUCUCAUCAAUGCUCUCGGAGAAUUUGCAAAUCACCAUCCGGACUAUCAGAAAAUAGAAAUCAUGCUUUUCAUCAUGAACACCGUUCCCGAUCCAUCGAAAAAAUCCAAGGGCGACCUUCUGCUACAGCAUAUCCUGUUGAAAUCACUCCUGAAAGUGGGCACCCAGUAUCGAACGGUGUCCUUCGAGAAGGCUUUCCCCGUUUCCUUCCUUCAACCGCUGCUGAAAAUGGCUCGCGCUUCUUCCGUCACCAUCCGGGUGAUCGUCAUGCAAAUCUUCCAGCAGCUGCUCGAUCGACACCAGAAUCAGCACCUGCUCAGUGUGAUCAGCAUCGGCAACUAUCCGACCCUCACGAUGGAACAACCAUCCCGGUCCGAUAUUCUGUUCACGCACAAGUACGGCUCCAACAUGCUGCAGGCGCUGAUCGACGGAAUGUCCCUGGAGAACAACAUCGAGGUGCUGAAAUCUUCAUUCAACACGGCCGGUCUGAUGGCGGUGGAGAUGGCCUGCGGCGAAACGGUCCAGGAGUUCCUGUUGUUUGUACUCGGAGUACAACAGGUGGCCAUAACCGAGGCCGAACUUUCGCCGAAGCAUCGCUGCAAUCUGCAUAGCAUCGCCAUCUCACUGCUUAUUCUCGUUGGUCGGUGCACAACCAUCGGAUCCAUCGUCGAGUAUGCGGAAAAGUUGAUCCAGGCUCGCAUGGAGGAAGCCACCCAUCUGCUGCCGCCACUGUUGGACAACGAAAAAUCGGCACCCAGCACACUGAAUACCAACUUGCCACACCUGAUGAUCGAUAAGCUGGCCGUUUCCGAGUGUCUCCAGCAGGCCGGUUUGGAACAUAAUCGGGUCCAGACGGGCACCCCCUAUUCGUUGAACCAAUCGGAUAUGUCCGCCCAUCGACACUCGUGGGUCGAUACCACCGCCGCUCGUAACAGUAUCAUUGACGCCAACUACAACGAAGUGGAAAGCGUGAGCAGCUCCCCGGGGGUCCAGAAACGCUCGCUAGCGUCCGAGUACAACUUCGAAUCGAUGAAGCGGGUGCUGGCCGAACCUACGGAAGCAUCCAAACGAGAGGCUCGCGAAAAGCAAGCGGCCAUCGGUCGAACGUUCCGGGAGACGGCUUUCGAGGAUUUAGUGCGCCGCACCGAACCACAGCACGACGUGCUGCAGAACAAGCUAAACGAAAUAUUCAAUGCCCUGUCGGCCGAACGACAGAUCAACAACUGCAGCAACCAAGCGCUCAUGGUGGCUUCGGCCGGAGCUGGCAGUAUCGUCGUGGAUGGUCAGAAGGGACAGCGUCCAAUCUACGAAAAUAAUUUCCCUGAACUGUUUUUCUAUUAAGGGUUUACAUUAUGAUGGGGUCUUUAGGUUUUCCAACUAGAUCAACAGCUAAAAAUUUUACCUAUUUUUUGUAGAGCAAUUGUUAAAUUUUUGUUGUAUUGUGAUUUAAUUUAUUAGUGGAUAUAACGGAAGGUUCUAACCAAAUGAUGGUCUAAUAGAAUUUUAGAUGGUAUCAGAAAAAAUCUAUAUUUCACCGGAUUCUGGAAAUAAAAUCUUAAAGAAUA